CAGUACAACAGCUUCAAAUAAACCUGCAAGCGAGCCGCCAGCCCAACUCCAGCUAGUCAAGCCUAGUUUGCCUCCAACUGCCAUUGUGCAAUUUGCUCUCAUCCACACCCACCCCACUUCUCCCCCACCUCAUCCGAAAUGAACUUCCGCGCUCUGUUCGCCGCCACCGUCGCCGCCCUCGUCGGCUCCACCUCCGCCACCACGUGCACCACCACGCAGCAAACUGCGGCGUACGUGGCGCUCGUAAGCAUCCUCUCGGACACGUCGUUCAACCAGUGCUCGACGGACUCUGGCUACUCAAUGCUGACGGCCACCUCGUUGCCCACGACGGAGCAGUACAAGCUCAUGUGCGCGUCGACGGCGUGCAAGACGAUGAUCAACAAGAUCGUGACGCUGAACCCGCCCGACUGCGAGUUGACGGUGCCUACGAGCGGCCUGGUACUCAACGUGUUCACGUACGCGAACGGGUUCUCGUCUACGUGCGCGUCACUGUAAGCGGGUUUAAUCUCUGCGUCCAGAAUCAAUUGGCCGGAGCACCUAUCAACUUGUCUUCGUGCCAAGUACGCAGCUUUGAUGAUUAUUUUUCAGUUGCGAAUGUGAAUGCCGAAAGCUGUCGUAGUAUAAACCUGUGAAUGAAGGUUUUUGUAUUCAA